AUGGAAGGCAAUCAUGCUGAUGCCUCCGCCUCCAAGUCGAUGGCCCUAGUAGGCAACUCAGGAGCUAACUCUGACCCUUCUCUUGGAGGUUUUUGCUUGUCUUCUCUUGUGUCUGUGACAGAUGAGCAGUUGGAGACCAGCCACUUCGCCGUCGAGUGUCCCAAGAAGAAGAGUUCCAGGGAAGAGGACGACCGCUCCAGGCACGAGGAGUACCGCGAGCACCGCCACAAGCACAAGAGUGGGCACUCCCACAAGAAGAAUGGCGGACGCUCCAAGCGGCACCACGAGCGGAAGAAGAACAUCAUCAAGUACAAGAGCAAGCAGGCGUUCAUCGCCCAGAGCGAGGAUCAUUCCUCCACCAGCCAGAGUUCGACGUCUUCAUCCUCAUCCAGCUCCAGUGACUCCGACUCACACCACUGCAGCGAGAAGAAGCGGAGCACCAAGAAGAAGGCCACAGAGGGCUUCACUGGCCUUUGCCACCAUGCUGGGAAGGCGGCCGGUUUCUGCACCAUGGCCAUCGACUCUGACGCCGACGGGACUCCUCCCACCACGGCAGAGCCUAUACUUCAGCCAGAGCCAAGCUCUGAGGUACGUCCUGAGCACCCCACUCUUGAGGAGUUGGAGGAUCUUUACACUGCUCUAGAUAAUCAGGACUUGAUCAUUAAGGAUGCUAAGAGGCAGUUUAGAGCUUUGAGAUAG